AUGGGAGGUGCUCGCGAUAUUUGCAGAAUAUAAAUCUCUCUAAGGCUGAGUCUUUCUUCUUCUUCCUGCACUGAUUGACCUGAGCUGCUCACACACCAUCAGCUGUAAGUAGACAUCAACUGCCCCCCCUCCACACUGCAUGGGUUAAUCCAUCCAUCCAUCCACCUGCCCUGCUCUAUGCUGGGGGCCACUCCAAGCUGCCCCUGACACUGUACUCACCCCAUAACUGCCCCUGGGAACACAGUACUCACCCCAUAACUGCCCCUGGGCACACUAUACUCACCCCAUAACUGCCCCUGGGUACACUGUACUCACCCCAUAACUGCCCCUGGGCACACUAUACUCACCCCAUCCCUGCCCCUGACACUAUACUCACCCCAUAACUGCCCCUGGGCACACUAUACUUACCCCAUAACUGCCCCUGGGAACACUGUACUCACCCCAUCCCUGCCCCUGGGCACACUAUACUCGCCCCAUCCCUGCCCCUGGGCACACUAUACUCACCCCAUCCCUGCCCCUGACACUAUACUCACCCCAUAACUGCCCCUGACACUAUACUCACCCCAUAGCUGCCCCUGGGCACUAUACUUACCCCAUAACUGCCCUGGGCUGGGCCCUGGCUCACUCUACACCCCUUUCCAUUCGUUCCUGGGCACCCUCUAUUCUCCCCAUGGCACCCUCUCUACUCCCCCAUUGCCUCUCUACUACCCCCAUUGCACCCUCUGUACUCUCUCCCUGGGCACCCUCUGUACUCUCUCCCUGGGCACCCUCUGUACUCUCUCCCUGGGCACCCUCUGUACUCUCCCUGAGCACCCUUUAUUAUCCCCACCCCCUGGGGUGCUCCUUGCACCUGCCUGUGCAGACUGUGCAUUGGAUGAGAUAUUUUAUAUUGUACAAAGAUCCCUUUGUUGUAGACAGAUCCCUGUUGGCUGUCUCAUUGUGCAAAGCAGGAUCUGAUCCCAGUGCAUUAAUCUGCCAUCUCACUGUCUCUUCCAGUCAGUUUUUGUAUGUCUCUUCCUGUCUCUUUGUUUCUUGCAGUCUGUCUAUUCCAGUUUCUCUCUCUCUCUCUCUCCCAGUGUAUCUGUCUCCCAGUUUGUUCCACACAAUAUUUGUACCAGCCUGCCUGACCCCUUCUUCUCCCAGCCUGCCCCACUUUUCUCCUAUGCUGCCUGCCCCCCUCCAUUGCUGCCAGGCCCUUCUUUGCUCCCAGUCUGCCCCACUCCCAAUUCUCUCUCUCCCCCCCCCACCCCCACUCCCAGUCCUGCUGCUGGGAGUUUCCUGCCCUAUCCAUGACAUGCUCUCCUUUACUUACAGAGAUUGGUGACACUGGAGACAUCCAGAUAUUAAUCCAAGUGCUGGGGGCAGUGGGGGCCCAACUUUAACCAUUUGCAUUUUAACUUUAAAACUCAGGUUAACAAGCUGGCAGAUCCUUCUAGAAUUUGAUAAUUUCUAUUAAAGUUCAUCUAUCCAAGAAGUGCUAACACUGUUUAGUUCAGAGCAACAAGUAAAAAUAAACUGGUCCCCAAGAGGUUCUGCAGGAGCUGAGGUUACUGGUGGUAUACCCAGAGUACCCUGCCCUCCCUGUCUGUAGUACUCUUGAUAUGAUGACCGAGAUUGGAAUAGAAUUGUGGAGGCAGAAAGCCAGUUUUCCAGUUAACAGUUUUUAAGAAGUGAAAAUGAAUGAUUAAUAUAUUGUGGCUCCCACUUGGCUUCCCUAUUCACAGCGUCUGUGUGAAAAUGAAUUAAAACCAGUCUUCUAAACGUUUUAAAGAUUACCAAGGACGGCGAGUGGCCGUAACUAUAAAAUAGUGAAUAUAGAGGUGUAAUACUCUCUAUACAGUGUAUGUAAUGAUUCUGUAAAUUGGGAAAUCACUGUAAGGUGGAGUUAGGGGAAUUGCUAAGUUACAAGCUAUCAAGCUUAGCCAGAUCUCUCUUUGUAUCUUUAAUGAUGGCAAUAUCAUUUUAAUGUGUGUUGCAAUACAGGCGAAUUCGAGAUAAUUAAUACUCAUUUCUGAAUAAUGUAUGUGGAAAUAACGCCCGCAGUUCCUGAAUAUUAAAUCUGUGUAUGGAAACAGGAUGGUAAACACGCACGGGUUUAUUGUAGACUGUACCUAGUCUGGAAUUACAAAUUAAAGGAUAAAAUAGAUUAACUGGAAAAUAAAUUCUCAGUGUGUAUAAUGUAAGCUUUUUUUUGUCUUUAAUUUGCAUGAGGUUUGAAUGUUGUAAUCGAAGUGAAACAUAAAUAAAUAAACACAAGCAGAAAUUUUCAAUCAAAAUGUUUAUUUAAUAACUUUAGUGAUACACCUUGGAGAAUGGCCGUGGACCUUUAUUAUGGAUUUCAUAAUUCCUAUUAAACCAUAACCAUAUGAAUAAUAAUAAACCAUAGCUUUAAAACCAACAUAUUAAACCACUUUCCAAGGCUCCGCCCCCCUCCAAAGCCAGGAGCCAUAAAUAUCUCUUCAACCAAAUCCACCAAAUCCACCUGUGAUGACCAGGAGGGCGACUUAUAUCCCAACGCCACCGAGGUUCUGGGCUACCAAACUCGGUGGCCCCCCAACGCCCACGGCCAUCUCCAACAUGGAUUGAAUCUCCAAAUUAAAUAUAUCCAAACCAAUAUCCGACAAGUGAACUUCAUCGCUCCUAUAAAAGCCAGCGCAAUUGCCCUCAAUAUCCCUGUGUCUAUAUGAGGUCAUUCCCAGGGUUGGUAAAAAAUUUUCAUAAUAAAACCAUGACAAACCCCCAAAAUUUUUAUAUGCCUCCAAAAUAGCUUCUGUAUGUUGAAAUAGCCCACAGCACAAUUCUGGAUAUUUUUCGCCUAACACGCUAGCAUAAAUGCAAAAAGCUUGCAGCCAAUUAUUGAAAGACCUCGGAAUAAACUUUUUCCUCUCCUCAUCCCCCUUUUCCCUGUCGGGUUUAGUAAAUUCUCUGGCUGUGGGCAAUAAUGAUAGAAUAUCGAUAUACUCCCCUUUCCAUAUCCUAUCCUUUAUAGACUUACUUAAAUGAAAACCCAGAGGGGAGCUUUCACAACCUAAAGCUUCUUUCAUGCAUGUCUCUUUUACUCUAACUUCUUCCCUCACAGAAUGUGUCACUUUUGGAUUAACUGUGACCACUUCUGUAUCAGGCUCCCAUACUCUCGCUAAUUUAGGUGUCUGCAAUAAUUUUGUAAGUUUCUCAAGUGAAGACACCACUUCCCCGAAAACAGCAUUAUUCACAUUUGUUUGUAACUCACCCAGCUCAUGACUGCAACCUGGGAUAUCCUGAGCUGCUUCGCUCUCUUCAAAUAGCCUAGGUCUGUCCUCAGCCUCUUUAUUCUUCUUCUUUUGUUCGUAUUUUCUGCCCUGUUUCCACAUCCUCUUCCUAUUCUUUAUUGGAGACGGUGAGAAGGUUUCCCUGGACCUCUUCGUUCUUGCCUCACGAAUCCUGCAGGGGUCGCUAUCACCAGAUUUUCUUUCUUGCACUGGCCCUUUAAUUUUUUGAGGGGAAUAUCCUGCUCCCUCCUCCAUUAUUAACUCCUCCUGUAGCUCAGCCCCUUCUUCUUCCUCUACUUCAAUUAGACCAGAGGUGCUGGGGGCGGACUCUAAGCAAGCCUGUAGCCAUGCAGUAUCACUGCAGCCUAAAGCCUUUUGUUUAAGCUGUUCUAAUAAUGCCUCAAUUGUGCCAGACAUCUCCAAAGGUAAGAAACAGCAGCUUAAAUAUUUUAAUAUAUAGCUAACCUUCGGAUUUGUCUGGCACAAUCUGAGGCAAUUAAUUUGGCGCCCUCCAAUUUAUAUCCCCUAUUUUCCCUCCAAUAUUGCCCUCGCGCUGCUAUCUACCAAUCAGGGCUCAUGCCCUGGUCGCGAGCUUGCCGCCUUUACUGCCAGCACGAGCUGCCUUGUAUUUAACCCUAACCUGCAUUUAACCCCUAGCGCGAGCGCUAUACUUACCCACUUCGCUCCAUCAAACCUCAUGGGGCUUCUCCUUAAGCAGUCCGCGUGCCCGACAAUCCACUCAGUUUACAGGUUUGUGAAAUCAAGGCUAGAGAUAGGGAACAUUGAUGGUUAUAUUUGGGUCCGUGGGGGGGCGGAGCUAGCGAGCUACCCAAGCAGACGCACGAGCACUGAGCUCCGGGAGAAAAUCACCUACAAAGAACGAAAUCGGCAGUUCCAUAAAGCCCAAUUGCUACCAACGCGGGCCGGAACAUAAUGGGACGCAAAUCCAAGCAGCUCCACCAUGAAGCGAUGCUGUCCUCUCAAAAUAUCGGCGAUUUACUCAAAGCAACGCCGCGGCCGCGGCCUGCCAAGAUGGCGCCCGCGCGGGAAGCCCCUGAUCACUCCUCAGAUGACAGUAUGGAGGAGGCCGCUGAAGCAAGGAGCACUAGAUGGGAGAGUACCCCACCUCCUGAACAAAUGCCGGCGAGCAAAGCAGACAUCAUCCAUCUGCUCAAGGAGCUUAAAGCUCAAUCAGCAGCAGACGUGGCCCUAAUCAGGGAAGAUUUGGGUGCCAUGUCAGCCCGCAUACAGGCUGUGGAGGUGAAUGAAGCUGCCACAACAGCCAAAAUUGAAACCCUGCAAAGGGAAAUGGCCCAAAUAAAGAAAACCAGCACUAUAUUAGAAAAUAAAGUGGCUGCACUGGAAGACGCUAAGCGCCAGCGGAACCUCAGGAUAAGGGGGAUACCAGAGGCUGUGCAAGACUCUGAGGUCGCACACUACCUUCGCCGAUUACUAGCCUCUCUGCUAUCACAAGCUAAAGCAAAAUCCAUCUUGCUGGAGUUUCACUUUCGUAUACCCAAGCCACCAAGAGCCCCAGCUGACGUCCCACGGGACCUACUUAUUCGCUUUCAAUCUCUCCGUGGCAAACUACUAGUACAAGAAGCAGCCCGAGAAACUAACACAUAUGAGUUUGAAGGUUCUGAGCUAUCUUUCUAUAAUGACCUCUCUAGGGCAACAGUCACAUGGCGACACUCCAUGAAAGAAGUCACCCAACUACUGAGAUCCAAGGGGAUACAAUACAGAUGGGGACCAGGGUGCAGACUCUCUGUCAACAAUGACGGCAAAAGAGUUCACAUCACCCAAGCAAGUGACUCUGUAGCAUUUCUACAAACCUUGGGAAUAUCCCUGGAGGCCACUACAAGCACUACCUCAGCAGCAAAGACAUCGGCGAACAUGUCCAGGAUAUGGGACGUCAAGAGAAUCCAACCCUUUAUCCCACGAACGAGUGGUGCUGCGGCCACCCUUCAGCCGAAAACCUGAAUAUCGCAAGCACAUUAUAACUCGGACUGAGUGUCAUAGAUGUAGGCCCCUUAGGCUAUCAUCCUCAGACAUUACUCUAUGUCCGCUCCCACUUUAACAAUAUUUCUCCAGCGGGCCCGCCGCCCAAUAGACCACCCGAGAACCGCAUUGCCAUGUACCUCCCAGUUUGCUCAUACCCCCCCAAAAGGAAGCUAUCUCCAACAAGCAAAUGUUAAUUUUUCUUACUAACUCCAUGCAACCACAACUAGAAAUCUAAUGUAUAACUAUUUGUAUAUCAUUGUACUUAUGCUUUGCCUUGACUGUUAUGUUUACCUGCUACCUGUGACACUGUAUGCAAAGGUUGCAUUUAAAAUGUAGCAAAACUAUGAGAGAUGAUAACUAUACACAUGCUAUGCUACAAUAAAAAAUUAUAAAUUUAUAAAAAAAAAAAAUAUUUGGGUCCUACGCCGCCCUUCGGUGGGGCUUUUGAAGAUAUCAAUUUUUUUUUAUCUCUGCAUCACGCAGUCAGGACAGAUACAAAAUGCUACUUGGGCACAACCCCAUGUGACAUAUUGCAUUAAGGGGCUUAUUCACCAAGGACGUUUUGUUGGUCUAGGGCGGCUCUAAAGCAGAGGGUCCCAACUGAAUUUGGACCAAGAGGCAUGUCAAUGAGAGUACAAUUCUCAAGUCACUCUUGAUUUUUUUUGGGUAAAAAAAUGUUUUAACCUUCAACCAUUACUUCUAAAUGUUGUAUUUUGUGGCAGCGUUGCUGGAGAGGUAUGAAUACUUCUAGCUAAAUGGAUUUUCUGGUUCUAAUAGUUUGGCAGAUGUGAAUUCCAGUUUUAGUUCAGACAGUAAAAGAUGCACAUUGUAAGGACUACGUUAACCCUGUUACAGCCCUGAAGUUGGCAUGUUCAUAGCUAAUCUUCCGUUUUCUCUGGCUAUUGACUGGUGGAAUUGUCCACAGAAGUCUCAGUCAUGGUUCUGUGUUAUAAUAAAUGACUGGAUUUUCUGAAUACUCAGUGCUCCCAUAUAAGAGAAGACCUUGGCAAGUCUGUUGGGUUUUACCUUCAGCCUGUAUAAGCUUUGAAAAACUGGAAAGACGUGCGUUUCUUGUAAAUAUUACCAGCUAGAGCAGAAUUUGCCGUUCCGUGGUUUAAAUAAGUGUAACUCUGUAUCUUUGCACUGACAGGGCUGUGUUUGUAUUAUUACAGUGUGACUGAGGUCCCCAAUUAAACCCCCCCCCGGGCCAGUAUGUUUGGCAUUGAUCAUACAUUACAAACCUAGUCCCAGGUCAAAUGAAACCAUGCAGCGUUUUCAGUCUUAACCUCCACAAUUUGCUCAGGGGAGCCGGUCAGGAAAGGGGGGAGGGGGGGACCACCAGGAAAGUUUGCCACCUCUUUCAUUAGGAGUUAAAGGAACGCAAUAAACCCGAUAACUAACUGAAGAUAUAAUCGUAUGGAUACCUCCGCUGGAUUGAGCCGUUUGGAAGAGGCCAAUGUCUGGUUCUGAGCCCAAUGGAAGCCCAUUGCUUUAUUUAUAAAAACAAACAAAAAACACGAUUUACAAGCAAUUAAUUAAAGUGAAUUUCAAAUGUGCGCCCAAAAUAGGUGACCUCAAAAUAUUCUCCAAGUCGGCUAUCCUUCGAACUAGACUACUUUGCCGUAAAUUUGAUAUUCUCGAUAAAUUCCUUAACUCAUUUUCGUGAAUAAUCCUGAUUGUGUUUUUAAAUGUUUCCUCGUUACAUGUUGAAUUACCCGCAUUGUGUACUUUAAACUUGCCACAGAACUCACCUGAUCUUUUACGGACUGCUUAUCUUCAUAAAUAUUUCAGAUAUCCUGACGUGCGUAGAUUAGUGGUUAUAGUUGAUACUUGGAUACCUUCGCAGAUUUAUUAUCUUAAAUGGCUAUUUUUUUUGUUGGUUUUUUUUUUAAAUCAUUACUUUUGUUAGGCAGGGUUUUUAAGCUGUGAUAGUUUAUGGGACUUUGCUUGUCUUGUCUAGAGAAUGUAUCAAUAAGGAUGGCAAGCAAACAUAAUUCUUGCUUCUGAAUGCCACCAUUGCAGGGAUCUGAUCUAUGGCAGAUGUAUCUCAGCCAAUCACUGGGCUCACAAAGCAUCCUAGGAUAGAACUCCAUAGAAAAAUGUCGCCCUGCAGUAUCUUGUUCCAAUUUCAGAAUCUAAUUUAUGUAUCUAGCUAUUUGAAGAAAUUAGUGAGAAUUUAGCAUUUGAUGCCGGUACCCUACCUAAGUUGGAUGAAUAUAGGGGGGUUAGAGAUCAAGUGCUACCCUAAUACAAAAUCUGUAUUUAUGAUAACACUACUUUAUUUUUUUGGGUUGAAGUAAUCUAUUACUUGAAGUGCUAUAACCCUAUUCCCUAUAGAUCAUUUCUCUGCUUACGGAGAAACCUGCCAUGUAUUUGUGCCUUGUCUUGAUGCAUCUGAAAGAUGCUGUGGUUCAUGCAUGAAACCUGUGUCCUGCUGUGUCAUGGUGAGCAGACAGCACUGAGUCACAGGAUGGAGCGAGGAACGUGAUCUGUGGCUGAAUGUAAUAUAACCGUGUCUUUACAUUCUGCAUUGAGUAGGAGAAAUAUUAAUUUUAUCAAACCUUCUUGCUACACUACUAGAGCAACUCACCCAUAACUUGCCGCAGAGUGAGUUCUCUUUUAGAAAAGACAGUAUCUUUUUGGGACCCUUAACCAAGAGCACCUUGAAAUGUGACUAUCACAGAGCUCCACUGCAAUAAACCUCACAGUAAUGUACAGUGUGACUGUAUCACAGAGCUCCACAGCAAUAAAACUCUCAGUAAUGUACAGUGUGACUGUAUCACAGAGCUCCACAGCAAUAAAACUCUCAGUAAUGUACAGUGUGACUGUAUCACAGAGCUCCACAGCAAUAAAACUCUCAGUAAUGUACAGUGUGACUGUAAUCACAGAGCUCCACAGCAAUAAAACUCUCAGUAAUGUACAGUGUGACUGUAUCACAGAGCCCCACAGCAAUAAAACUCUCAGUAAUGUACAGUGUGACUGUAUCACAGAGAUACACUGCAAUAAAACUCUCAGUAAUGUACAGUGUGACUGUAUCACAGAGCUCCACAGCAAUAAAACUCACUGUAAUGUACAGUGUGACUGUAUCACAGAGCUUCACUGCAAUAAAACUCACUGUAAUGUACAGUGUGACUGUAUCACAGAGCUUCACUGCAAUAAAACUCACUGUAAUGUUUUAAUUGCAGCCAAUGUGUGUUUUAGAAGUCUCUGUGUAAAGUGGUUUUUCUAAAUGACUUUACCAAACACUUAAAUAUUGAGUCAUGGCGUUGGUUUAAAUAUUCUUGGCAUUGCGCUGGUUCCGCUUGGUGCUCCUAAAACAAAACCGCACAUUCUGGGAUAGAAUAUUCCACAUUUCAUUUCUUUACAGCUGAACUUUGCUAUCUGAUGUCACUGAUUGUGCCCCAUCACCUUUCCAUCCUUGCGUGAUAAUUAGGUUAUUCCCUCUAGAUUGCAAGUUCAUGGCUUUCGUGAUUGGUACGUUGCAGGGAGUUGAAUCCCAAGGGCCGGUUAUCUUCCCCUUCUGUAUCAGUGUGUCUAAUUAAAUAUCCCCAGUCUGUACAAUUACCAGUGCUCUCUGCAUCAGUUGUAAAACGCUCUGGUUAAGAGCACUAUAUAAGAAGAACUGUUAAAUCAAUAGUUUGGCCGUUUAAUACAGACAUUCCUCUGUAAUAAAGCUAUAAAUUCUACAUGCCAGUGUGCGAUACGGCUGGCUGAAGUUUGUGUGAGUUCUAAACCAUACCAGAAACCUGUCCUUGUCUGGUCACUCCGUGAUCUUGGUAUGUUUUAUUCCAUUUUUUAUUUUUUUGUAUUGAUGAUGCAAACAUGGGGCGCACUCUGACAUUCAGAAUAUAGAGAUAAAGAUCUGUCGGAAUAACGACCCAGUCUGCAGAGAGGUUCGUGAUUUUUGUCAAAAUGCAGACUGCAACAAACAUUGUUUAUUCAGCUCGUUUUGUGCAUCCCAUCCUCGGGAAGAUAACUUAAAGCGCCCUUUGGAAUGAAAGCGCUUUUUUUGAAGUAGAUGCUUUUGAGCUUUGACUGCUAGUUAAAGUUAAUUAAUUACUUGAAGUGAUAAAUACCACCCAGAGUACGGGAAUCCUCUGUCAACUCCUUAUAACUGCCUGGCACAGACCUCUUAAAUGUGUCUGGUACCCCGUAGCUUAGCUGGCAUUUUUGGCCCAGGGUAAAUUCAAACCAUGUCCCAAAGAGAAAGCUACAUUGGGGGUUUAUUCACUAAAUGGUAAAAUGUGGGCAGAUUUAGCAAACUCAUCAGCUUUUUAUUAGCAAUGCCGCCUGCCCGCCUCCAAUAUUUUUCAUGUUUUGUGACUCACUAUAGUAAAUAAUAUUAUAGCCUUUAACUCUGAAUCUCAGCAGCUGACGUGCAGAUAUCCGUAUAUUUUGUUUGUGCGUUUAAUCGUCUCCUUCUGUUUUUUACAGACAUUAAUUUUGAAACUUUCUAAGAGGGAAAAAAAAAAUCUUAAUAUAACUGGAAUAAAAUUAAUUUCUUGCUAAUUAAGCGGAACCGGUCAGGGUAUUUGCUAAAAGUGUGAAUUUUUACUAAUUUCAAGUGGAUUUCAAGUUUUUAGGCCAAGAUAUCCACAUUGGAAAAAUUCUCCAAAUUAUUUAGAUUUGGCGAUUUUACUGUAAAAUAUGAAAUUCCUUUGAAUUCUCAACAAUGCCGACUUGAGUGAAUAACUGCAGGUUUUCGAAAUGAACUGCUGAGAAAAGCUAAAGUGUUUGAUAUUUUUGAUAAAGUAGAGUUGUUACUUUAGUGCUUUGUAGGUAGAUUAGAGAUAGCCACACUGCAAAGUCAAUGGCCAUGUUAAACUGUCACUCCAGCAAUUCACACACUCCUAUCUGUUUCUGCAAAGGGGUUUAUUCAAGAAACUAUCAUUAUUUUGUGAAAAGCCUAAUCCUUGUCAUGCUGUCUGUCCGUUGCCAUUGAUCCUGGCAUACAAUACUAAGAGCAUAAUGCAGGAGGGUCCCCUACUUCAUGUCUAGCAGGUCCUAACGGGCUAAUUUGGCUCAGGAAUGGUUUCCCCUCCACUGCUGAUCAGCCCUCCAGGCCUGUGGCAUACCUCAUUUGGGGGCACAGUUUGCUUACCACUGGUAUGCAGGUGUCUUUUUUUACUGAGCUAACACCCUAUUUCCCUAGGUAAUGUCUCUGACCAGGUAAAUGUUGCUAAAUGGUCUAAAAGUCUUUCUCUUUUAGACUUCUAUUUUGAAACUAUUUUUGGACGCCGUGAAACCUGUUUGACUCUCAGGGUGCCGCAGCCUGUACACACAUCAUGCCAAAGGUUGAUGGAAUUGAGAGUCUGACCCUGGUUGGAUUAGGGUGUGGUAUGAUCCCUGCAAUCAUGUUUUAUGAUUAACACACAAAUAAGUCAUAUUCAAGUUGGAACUUGAAACCACAAGCCAGUUAAAUAAAAUGACUUCAUGCAGGUACCCAGCUAAUACUGGUCCAUCUUCGUAAAUAUUACUGUACGUUAUGGGUGAGCUGGUCAAGAGUACGAUUGCAACUCCCUUUUCCAUGUCACAUGUUGUGGACUUAGGCUGAGAAUGAUGGUAGUUGCACUGCUAGGUUGAUUGAUGGAUGGGGGCAUACUGCUCAAAUUCCCUUUGGAUUGUUGCUCUGGAAGUAAAAAGAUGAGAGAUGGAGGCCUACUAUUUUCCAAUUAUACCAGAGAGGCAUAAUGAGUGGGGUUUAUUGUAUAAAAAAAUGUGCAAAAUUUAGACACAUUUUCAAGCCCUUGUAUAGUCCCAGCCUUUGCAAAUGUUUCCAUUUUCUACAACUUGCUGUUAAUAAACCCCCAAUGUAUCUGACAACACAUUUAAAUGUAUUAUGAAAAAUUUUGCGCUGUCACGCCGUGAGUUCCAAUUUAACAUUACAACUUUCAAACUGUGAACCAUGGCUUGAAUAAACCCCUAGAUCUGCCCCCAUGAAACGUAGGAACCCCAGAGCCUUGUGUGUAUUGUUACACCUGUCUAUUGUACAGUCUGUUAACAUUGUAUUUGGUGAAAUAAACCUGCAGCCCUAUAGUGUCUAUGUGUGCUUCGCUGUUGUUUCUGAAUUACCUUGUGACAUGGCUGUGCAUUUUGGGAUAUACAGUUCAGAAACCCCUGAUGUUCCAAAGUUAGCAUCACAACCUGUAGCGGAAUAGACAUUUGUAAGCUACUUUUUACUGCCCUAUAUUUGCUGUCCGUAUCUUACCCCCCUGUUUUGUAUGUUUUGCUGGUUAUUUCGUGUGGUUCUUCUUUGGCUGUUCAGGAGACUUCAUACGAACGAAAUCCAUUCGUCUCCCGAACAAGGAACACCCCCGUACCCCAUUAGAACGUUAACACCAACCACUUAAGUGCGAAACCGCAAGGAAAACCAUUAAUGAGUGCUUCUCCUGGGUGGCCGCCAUUUCGUAUAACCGAACACGUGGCUAGGAGAAUGGCAGCCAUUUUGUCUCCCGAACGAGGGCAGCGGUACUUGAUCGUUGAGUGCCUGUAACUAUUUUUGGCUUGGCACUCGCACGAACACUGGUAAACUGUCGGCUGCUGCCCGUUCCUGUUCUCGACCACCUACAAGAACAGUGUUUAGGAGAUCAAAAAUACGGAACAGGGGGAGCAUUCAUAUCGUUAAAGAGAUUCCCUUGUAUGGUUUUCGCACAGGAACCUCACGAACAGAGAACGGUAAGGGCACCUAUUCUCCUGGAACUAUUUUCGGCUACCACAUCGUGUCUGGUCGGUCAAAUCUUCCACGCGAUGCCAUUCCUGUUCUAGGGAACUGAUCUGAGUGAUUUUUGUAUAUGUUGGUCACUCAGAUCAGGGAAUGUACUUUUUGUGGGGUUCCUAUGUAUGGUUGGGGGACUUUUGGGAUACGGGAUAUUUUGGGGAUUUUGUGUACUUGAGAGAGAAUUAAAUUGGAGGAGUUUACUCUGGCAAUUUAUCUCCUAGGCACAAGGGAUCUUGGGACUGAAACCCUUGCAUGGGAGAUGGCAUAAAAGCAGUGUAUGUGUGAAUAAAAAUUAGUUAUUCCCCAGAGCGGAGUUACGUCCGGUUGCUGGGGAUGAAGUGGGAGAUUCCUGGAUUAUUUUACAAUGUCUGACUGUUCCAUUGGAGUGUUUUACUUGUUCCAGAGUAUAUCUUGGAGUACAUGGUGGAGGAGAGUACCUGCUAGGACCAGGCAACCCUUUUUUACAAUCAUUGUGGUGAUUAGAUAUUUUUUGUGUGUGGUUUAUUCAAAAAAAAUGUGUUUUUUUUUUUUUUUUCUGUAGACACAAUGUCUUCUGGAAAUGCAAAGAUCGGCAAACCUGCUCCGGAUUUUAAAGCCAAUGCAGUGAUGCCAGAUGGACAGUUUAAGGAUGUGAAACUCUCAGACUACAAAGGUUUGUAUUUUCCUAACCUGACGCUUUCCUGCAUCCAGUACAGUAAAAUUAGCCUUAUUACACGUCCCAGCUAGGGAUUUCUAAGAAUCACUGCUUUUCCCAGUGGAGGACAGGUUGUCUGUACUACUGGUAGUCCUCAACCCAGCAGUAUCCAAGGCACUAAAACCGUGCUGGUCUUAUCAAUAUUGCGACUGGAACAGAGCUGUCUGAAUCCUGGACUGUUCAUAUGCUUUGAUCCCUGGGCUGGAAAAUUCUGCGCUAAGUAAAUUGAGCACUAGACAUGUGCAAUUCGUUUCGGUCCGAAUAUGAAUUCUGACGAAUUUCGGGAAAUUCUGACAUUCGGGUACAUCCGAAUGUCCGAAUUCCCGAGGUCCAGACGUUCGGAAAUUGUCGAAGUUCCGAAGCACAGUAUUGCCUAAGUACUAAUAUACUUACCCAGUGAAAGAAGAAGAAUGUUACAUUGUAUACAAACAUAGCCAGGUUUCAGCUGUAAGCAUUUGCAACACUUACAACAAUCAAGUAACAUACAUUCAUCAAAAAUGUAAGUUACUUGGCCAGUCAAUGUAAUGACAGGAAUGAAUAAGUAGAUAACUCCCUAAUUCCCACGGUAUUAGGGAGCUAUCUACUAAAAUUCUAAAAGACCUAAAUUGGUCUUUCAGCCAAAUUUACUAAUACUAAGUAAAGAUUACCUGAGCGGUGGGUGGGGGCCCUAAAUUAUAAUAGGGGGGGGGGACCUAAUGUCCUCCCCCCUGGCCCCCACCCCUGAGCGGUGAGUGGGUGUGGGCCCUAAAUACUAAUAAGGGGGGGGACACCUAAUUUAGAAUAAGGGGGGAACCUAAUUUCUCCCCCCCCACCACUGAGCGGCGGGUGGGGGCCCUAAAUAAUAAUAAUAAGGGGGGGACCUAAUGGCCUCCCCCCUGAGUGGCGGGUGGGGCCCUAAAAAAAAAACAUCUUUCUUCCCUCGUGACUAGGUGUCCCCAGACACCUAGUCAUCUCUCACCCCCUUUUUUUUAUCUCCCCUAACUACCCCCCUCACCCUAAAAAUGUGGGGGGACCUUUAACUAAGUACCUGUAAAAAAUAAAAAUAAAUCUUACCAUUUGAUGUUUUCUUUCUUUGAAAAUCUUAUUUUUUCAGCCCCAAAAAAGGCCAAAGAAAAAGCCAUAAUAACCGACGCACCUUGCCCAUCCUACAUUUACCUGUCACAGCACUCUGGUUGGUUUGAAAUUCACCAAUCAGAGUGCUCUGUGUCAAGUUCCAAAGAACUUUCCCACGCUGUGUAAAAUGACACAGCGCACUCUGAUUUGGUGGAUUUCAAACCAACCAAUCAGAGUGCUGUAACAGGUAAAUGUAGAGACUUACCGGUCAGUCUCUUCAUUUACCUGUCAGAGCACUCUGGUGGGUUUAAGCCAUCCAAUCAGAGUGCUCUGAGCCUAAUUGCAGGGCAUUUAUAAGCUUUCCCGUGCCCUGCAGAGCUCAGUCUGCAACGAGCCCUCCAUGGGUGAAGAUGGAUUUUUUUUUUUUUGCGCUCGUGUAUUUAUUUUGUUUUUUAAUUGAGUUGGUUAUUAUGGUUUUUUAUUUGGCCUUUUUUGGGGCUGAAAAAAUAUUUUAGAAGAAAGAAAACAUCAAAUGGUAAGUUUUAUUUACUUUUUAAAAAUUUUUUUUACAGGUACUUAGUUAAAGGUCCCCCCUCAUUAUUCUUAGGGUGAGUGGGGGUAGGUAGGGAAAUAAUUUUUAGGUUUUCCCGCCCCCACCCACCGCUCAGGGGGGAGGACAUUAGGUGUCCCCCUAUUUUACUGUAGGGCCCCCACCCACCGCUCAGGGUUGGGGGCUGGGAGGAGGACAUUUUACUUUAUGGAGGGGGGACCCUAUUUUUUUUUAAUUUAUUUUUUUAACAGUGAGCAGCCACAGGCGGUAUAGCGAGUAAGCGGCUGCAAGAGAAGUGCCGAAUUGCCAAAGUCCCGAAUUUCGGAAUGCCGAACCGAAAAUUUUCCCCAUGCACAUGCCUAUUGAGCACCUCUACAUUUAUUUAAGUAAACCAUGAACAGGCUGUCCAUCUUUGUUAUGACUGUUUGUUUUUAAGGGGCUUCCUUUAUGUAAACUGUUUGCCGGCCCCAGUUUAUUGAGAAUUCUCUUAUUACAUCUCAGACUCCUGUUUGUUGGCAAUACCAGUGGCUUCCUAGUCAUGUACCUUCUCUUGUAUUUUAUAAACUCUUACAGGAAAGUAUGUGGUGUUCUUCUUCUACCCCCUGGAUUUCACCUUUGUCUGCCCUACGGAAAUCAUUGCUUUCAGUGACCGCGUGGAGGACUUCAGGAAACUCGAUUGUGAAGUUAUUGCUGCCUCCGUGGACUCCCAUUUCUGCCACUUGGCUUGGUAAGUCCAUCUCUCUGUAUGAGGGGUACUGCCAGGUAACCGGCUGGCUAGCACAGUAUAUAGAAAACCUUUUAUGUAAUGUUUUGUGCUGCAACGCGCACAUUGAGGUCUGAACUUUAUUUUUAAUUUAAAAAACGUCCAAUGGAUAAUUUAAGGGUUACGAUGAGCUCUAAAAUCCCUUUACUUGGUUGUGGUGUAAGGACCCUGUUUUUGAUGCUGUACAUGGGCGUAGGAACCCCAAAAAAUCUGGGGGUUAGCGUUUUUACUCGCCGGGUAUAUUCUUAUUCCUUAAACUAGGAGUUGUUUAUCACAUUGUACAGCGCUACGGAAUUUGCUGGCGCUAUAUAAAUUAUAAAAUAAUAACAUUAAAGGGUCACUACAGGGAAGGGAUUUUACUUACCCGGAUACAGCGCCGGGAUCCUCCUGAUGCCACGCCUCCUAUUUCGUCAAAAUGACUUAAUAGGAGGGUGCGAGCAGGGAGCAAUAAAACGCUUCUAUUCAGAAGCGUCAUUGCUCUCUGGUGCGCAUGCACAGCUUUGCCGCACAUGUGCAGAUACUUCAUAGGGCGGCAUUCAUGUCUCGACUAGGAAGCACCUCUAGUGGCCAUCUGAGUGUCCACUAGAGGUAUUCCUCAGCAGUAAUGUAAAUACUGCCUUUUUACAAAAUGUCAGUGCUUACAUUAAAAAGCCUGCAAAGACAUGCUAUAGACACCAGAACUACUACGUUUAGCUGUUGUGGUUCUGGUGACUAUAGUGUCCCUUGAAUAUAGAGAGGAAAAAAGAAUCAUCACACAUGUAAGAAAUACAAUGUCUGUAUCAUUAUUCUAAAAAGUAUUUUAAAAAAUGCACAUUCCCCAACCCCAGAAUACUUAACCCCACGGCAUAUCCCAGCCUGGACAGGGGUCGCAACACAUCUAUAGGUCCACCAACAAGCCUCAAACACCAGCCUCACGGAGUGACAGACCCCCCCCCUUCCUGUACACACCCCAGACGGAGACUCACAAACACACACCACCUCCUAUCUGGGACACUAAACACAGCACACACACAACACGUCACAUAAACCAAACGUAACACACGUGAAACCACGGUAAACUUUUACGCGAUGUAAUAUAGUUCACCUCACUCCAGGAGUUACACCCUGGAGCCCCCUUCCCACUAAAUACAGAGUCAAACGAAAGCGAUUAUAAACAGCAGUGGCAACCAGAACCACCGCACAAUCAGGCACACCACUAGGUCAUAGCUCAAACAUCUUGCCAGCUACAGACAAAGUAAGCUACAAACAGGAACUCUGUGUACCUGACCUUCUACCCAAGCCCCCCCUCAUUUGUGUACCCUACCCCGGCUAAUAUGAACAAGCAACGACGAAGAAACUCUAUAAAAAUAAGACCAGGAAGGCUACUGUGCCAGGCACACAUGAGGUACAAUGUUAACAGCAGACUCAACCUUGUUUUGAUAACUGCCUUUGAUGUACAACAUGACGGUCACAUUAAUCCAUGUCAAUGUAUGAUACUCUGUCAUAACAAUAAUCAAAAGGACGACUGGUCCUAAAACUCUUUUACCCUCCUUCCCCCACCCCUUCUUCCUUUCUGUACCCCUAUAACCCCCCCUUUUUUUUUCUUUUUUUUUUGACUUGAAAACAAUAAAAAUCUUGAAUUUCAAAAAAAAAAAUGCACAUUCCUAGCUUUUUAGCACGACAUAUGACACAAACAUUUUGUACUUUGCAGAUUACUUUUUAUAUUUUUUUAUACAUAUACAGAUUGUGUAAUACUGCCCCUGACUUAGGGUGACCACAUUUACGAACUGCCAUUCAGUGACACUUUCAGAAGUGCAUUCCAUACACUUUCUCUACCCUUUCCAUUUAUAUUAGAACCCCACCUACCCCUUCCAUUCAUAUUAGUACUCCCCCACUAACCCCUUCCAAUUAUUGUUCUAUCUUCCCCCUCCUCCAAUCCAUAUUAGUAUUCCCCUAACCCCUUCCAAUAAUUUUUCUACCUCCCCCUUCCUCCCAUCCAUAUUAGAAGCCCCCCUAACCGCUUACAUUAAUUUUUCUACCUCCCCCCUUUUUUUUCUUUUUCUUUUCUCCCCCCUACAAACUGUCCCCCCUUUACCUGACAUAGCAGGGGGACCUCUGUACGUCCAGCGGGCGCAGUGUGUUCCCCUUCCCAGUCUGCAGUGCGUGUGGUUCCCUGAUGGAGCCGCAUGCAGUCUGAGGACACCCACGGCCGUCGGAGCUGGGGGGAUUUUUCUAUAACCUGUCCCCGCAUGAUUUGCUGGGGGGGAUGCGUUUCCCCCCCCAUCCCGCCGGUUCCUAGGCCCAUGUACACGGCCAUCACUACACAGCAGUGCUUAUCUCGAAGAGGCAAUGUUUCUCUGAUCAAUUCUUGUGGUGAUGGCGCAUGCACGCUUUGUCCUCAAUGCUUCUCUGUGAAAAAUAUGUGGUUGUAUAAAGCCCUGCAUCAACAAGGAGGUUCCUACUGGGCAAAAAUGAGGAUGGGUCUUCAUUACUGCAGAAGUCAGAUCUGCAGCUAAUAGGAUCAGUUUGUUUACUGCUUUUUGUCUAUGCAUAUUUUUAAUAAAUUAUGCAUAGACCGAUAGCGGUAAACUAACUGAUCCUAUAUUAGCUGCAGAUCUAACUUUAAAGCAGACUUAAAAAAUUUUUUUUAACAAAAAUGAAAAGUACAUAAACACGUGUUUAACUGUAUUCUAUACAAAAUCGAGGCCUGUGUGUUUCCUUACAGGACCAACACCCCACGGAAAGAUGGUGGUCUGGGUGCCAUGAAAAUCCCCCUCGUGUCAGAUACACUACGCACAAUCUCCACGGAUUAUGGUGUUCUCAAGGAAGACGAAGGCAUUUCCUAUCGGUAACCAUUCUCUUCCUGUUUCACAGUUUGAUGGUUUUGAGUCAUUUUUAGAAACUGCCAAUAUUAAAGAUGGAGUAGAGGUAAGGUUUGUCACAAGGUGUCAGGUCUUUUUAGCAAAAAACCCCAACCUUUUUAAAUUAGAAAGUCCAUAAAGAUACAGGUUCUUCAGAUAUCAGAAGAGACAGUUUCCACAAGUAAAUUGGAAUAAUCGUUUGACACCGUAAAAUCUUAACAUUUUAUAAAACAAAACUGAAUAUGGGUAAGCAAACAAAUGUUUCCCAUCAUUAAUCUCUUUAUAAAAUGAUAUCCAAUAAUUUGUAAUCUAACUUCGCCCCUUGCUCCCUAAAACUAGCAGUAAAAAAGAAAGGAAAGCUAAAAUAAAGAUAGCAAUUUAAAUGUAGCAAUUGCUACCUCGAAAAUCAUUUAAAGUUAUAGAGGAAAUAUUGUAUUUUACUCUUAAAGGAACACUUUCUUUAAUGCCAUUUAAGUUCUAUUGGGUUAGGCCUAUGUGGGUGCCUUCCUAUUUCCAAUGGUUAAACUGUUUUGCCUAAGUUUAACAGCCAAAGAUAGACUCUCUCAGCUUGUCACUUUCUGCCCAGCUUAACCUUCCUCAUACUAAAACACAGAGGAAGGAUCCAGGAGGCCUCUGUCUCAGCUGCUGGAGCCCUAAGGUCAGGCUUAAACUGUUGCAAAAUGGUUUAACUCCUGAAUGUCGGAAGACACUCCGACUCCUGCUUUCUUAACAACGUAAAUAAGAUUAAAUAUAGUCACCAAAACAACUUUAGCUUAAAGGAAAACUCUAGGUUCAGGAAUAUGUGGCCUCUACAAGGCCCCCUUAAAUGGGAUAAAAACUCACCUUUAUUCCAGGGCUGCACAUGUUCGCCAGCGCUCGCCCCGUCUUUGAUGUGCCUCAUUGGCUGACAUCAUCAGAAUUGAUCAUCUCAGCAAGUCAAACAGCCUGCAUGAAAAUAACGUUUCAUUUUCAAUCAGAUCUUUACAUACUUUAACAGAUUGUAUCUGCUGUAAUUAACAGAGCAAGAGGCAAGAGAUUCUAUAUUAAACAUAAUGUGCAAUAAAGGAAGAUAAAACAUUAGUUCUAUCUUUACAGAAAGUGUUUAGAAAGGCUGUGUAAGUUACAGCCAGUGGCGUACAUACCGGGGUCGCGGCUGCGACCGGGCCCGGCCCACCAGGGGGCCCGGCCGCCCCUGCGACCCGGUAUGUAUGCCACUGUGGCCAGCCUCUUCUCCUGGGGGGCCCAGGAGCCGGCCAUCUCAGGGCCCCACGAGGCUGGCCCUGCUGUCACCGGGCGGCCGGUCUUGCGGGCGCGCGAGGAAGCACUCUCCCCUGUGUGCUUCCUCUUCAGCUCCCUCGCACACCGCACUGAAACCGGAGCCGGAAGAUGACGUCAUCUUCCGGAUCUGGCAUCAGUACGCGGCGCGCGAGGGAGCUCAAGAGGAAGCACUCAGGGGAGAGUACUCCCUCGUGUGCCCGCCGGGUGACACCACUAGACCCCAGGGAAUCCCCUCAGCACUCCAAAAGUUAAGGAGUCUGGGGGGAUUAAAGAUAAAAAAAAACAAGUGUGUGUCUGAGUGUUUGUGAGUGUUUGUCAGUGAGUAUGUCUGUCGCUGUGCGUGUCUGUUAGCUAGUAUGUGUGUCUGUUCGUGACUGUGUGUGUGUGUAUCUUCAGCACUUGCCUUUCUCCAGUGCCGGACUCCCUUGGCGCUGGGGAUCCCUCCGCCUCUCAGCUCCAAAUGCGCAUGCCCGGCAAGAGCCACGCGCGCAAUCAAACCACCCAUAGGAAAGCAUUACUCAAUGCUUUCCUAUGGACGUUCAGUGUCUUCUCACUGUGAUUUUCACAGUGAGAAUCGCAGAAGCUCCUCUAGCAGAUGUCAAUGAGACAGCCACUAGAGGCUGAAUUAACACUCAGUGAAACCUAGCGGUUUCUCUGAAACUGCUAUGUUUUCAGCUGCAGGGUUAAAACUAGAGGGAUCUGGCACCCAGACCACUUCAUUGAGCUGAUGUGAUCUGGGUGUCUGUAGUGGUCCUUUAAGUGUGUGCAUCUGCAUGCACUAGCGUACAUGCAGGGGUCGCAGCCCUGCAACCUCCGCGACCAGGUGCCCGCCGCCAUGUGUUGCGGCCCCGGCCUGCGCAGGGGGUGGCCUCCACGGAUCAUUUUUCGCACCGGGGCCCCAUGGGUCAUGUGUACGCCACUGGUUACAGCCAAGGGAGGUAUGACUAGGGCAUUAUUAACAAAAUGAUUUAACUCCUAAAUGGCAAACAAUUCAGCAGAGGCAUGAUCUAUACACCAAAACUGCUUAAUUAAGUUAAAGUUGUUUUGGAGACUGUAGUUUCCUUUUAAGUUAUUAAGGCGGUAGAAGUGUUCCUUUAAUUUAAAAGUACUACAUAGUUCAAUUGACUAUCUGUGUUGCGGACAGGUCUGCUUUAACUUGUCUCUAAAGCCUUUUAUUGUAUUUAUAUUUCUUUCUCGUUGUUACAGAGGUCUAUUUAUAAUUGAUAGCAAUGGAAUCCUGAGACAGAUCACCAUUAAUGACCUGCCCGUUGGCCGUUCUGUGGAUGAAACUCUGAGGCUUGUACAAGCAUUCCAGCAUACAGACAAAUAUGGGGAAGGUGGGUUUUGUGUUCUGACAAAUGAUGAACAUUGUCUUCAAAGUCAAUCUAUCGGGAAAUGGUGGGUGGAUGAAAACCAUACGAAAAUUAGUGUCUGUAUGUGUCUGGUGUAAAGCUGGGAAGGGGAAGGCUGUCAUGCCCACAACGCCAACUGCAUCACUGCUGACCCGUGUGGCUGUAAAGAUAAUGUAUUGUGCAGAUACUCUUACACACAUACUGGGUAGAGGGCUGAGCAAGGUGGCCAGCGAGAGCUGUCUGUACAUGGAGAACUGCUAAAUCACAAGUAUUUGGAACAAAUGCCUCAUUUAACCUCUUCACUACCAACCACAAACUAGGUCGGAAAUGUUGGUAUAAAAAGGAAAAUUAUUUUUAUUUUUUUUCCUCUUGCACAAAGGGGUGUGACAAAAAAAGUUUAAUACCAUGCUUGUAGGUAUUUUUAAGGACCCUGAUGGAAUGGCUAGCAGCUCACUAAAAGUGGCAUCAAAGUGGUUCCACACAUAGUAAUUACAGCAAAUAUAUACUUUUCUAACAUAAAGGUAUUUAAACAGGCCUAUACAGUUAGGGGGGAAGUAUUUGAUCCCCUGAUGAUUUUGAACGUUUGCCAACUGACAAAGAAAUGAUCAGUCUAUAAUUUUAAUGGUAGGUGUAUUUUAACAGUAAGACAGAAUAACAAAAAUAAAUCCAAAAAAAAGUAUGUCAAAAAAGUUAUAAAUUGAUUUGCAUGUCAAUGAGUGAAAUAAGUAUUUGACCCCUUCAAUUUAGUACUUGGUAGCAAAACCAUUUUUGGCAAUCAGAGGUCAGAAGUUUCUUGUAGCUGGCCACCAGGUUUGCACACAUCUCAGGAGGGAUUUUGGCCCGCUCCUCUUUGCAGAUCCUCUCCAAGUCAUUAAGGUUUCGAGGCUGAUGUUUGGCAACUCGAACGUCAGCUCCCUCCACAGAUUUUCUAUGGGAUUAAGGUAGAGACUGGCUAGGCCACUCCAGGACCUUAAUGUGCUUCUUCUUGAGCCACUCCUUUGUUGCCUUGGCUGUGUUUUGGGUCAUUGUCAUGCUGGAAUACCCUUCCACAACCCAUUUUCAAUACCCUGGCUGAGGGAAGGAGGUUCUCCUCCAAGAUUUUACAGUACAUGGCCCCAUCCAUCGUCCGUUUGAUGUAGUGCAGUUGUCCUGUCCCCUUAGCAGAAAAACGCCUCCAAAGCAUAAUGUUUCCACCUCCAUGUCUGAUAGUGUUCUUGGGGUUAUAGGCAGCAUUCCUCCUCCAAACACAGCGAGUUGAGUUGAUGAAAGAGCUUUAUUUUGGUCUCAUCUGACCACAGCACUUUCACCCAGUUCUCCUCUGAAUCAUUCAGAUGUUCAUUGGCAAACUUCAGAUGGGCCUGUACAUGUACUUUUAUUGAGCAGGGGGACCUUGCAGGCGCUGCAGGAUUUCAGUCCUUCACAGCGUAGUGUUACCAAUUGUUUUCUUAGUGGCUAUGGUCCCAGCUGCGUUGAGAUAAUUAACAAGGUCUUGUAGCCCAUUCCAGCCUUGUGUAGGUCUACAAUCUUGUCCCUGACAUGCUUGGACAGCUCUUUGGUCUUGGCCAUGGUGGAGAGUUUGGAAUCUGAUUGCUUCUGUGGACAGGUGUCUUUUAUUCGUGUAAUGAGCUGAGAUUAGGAGCACUCCCUUUUUUUUUUGUUUGUUAUUCUGUCUCUCACUGUUAAAAUACAUCUAUCAUUAAAAUUAUAGACUGAUCAUUUCUUUGUCAGUGGACAAACGUUUAAAAUCAGCAGGGGAUCAAAUACUUUUUUCCCCUAACUGUAGAACUCUUUAUCGGUCUCAGUAAUGCUAACCCCCCUCUCCUCCCCCCCCCCCAACUGUAGCAGUGGUAUAACCCAUUGAAAUACUUUAUAUUUUACCGUUUGAAGGAAGUGGGGUAUGUUAUUUUCAGAAUGUUUGCAGACAUUAACGGAGUGGAAUGGUGGCUGAUGAUUUCUUUAGUAUAAAUGAAAGUAAAAAUGUGUAUACACUAUUUUAGAAGUGAAUGGGUUAAUGACAUUUGCUAUCCUUUAUAGGGACUUUCAACUUCGGUAAAUUAUUUUAUUAAAGCGGUCUGGGGUUUCUAGAGCAAAAUCUCAAUGAAGUCAUGUACCAUAAACGAUCCAUAUAUUAUGGGAAGAUAAAAAUUGAAUCCUUUAGACUCAUAGUUUCUAAUAUCUCCAGAACCCCUGGAUUAUUAUUAUUAUUAUUAUUAUUGUAUUUAUAUAGCGCCAUCAAAUUCCGCAGCGCUUUACAAUGGGUGGACGAACAGACAUGUAGUUGUAACCAGACAAGUUGGACACACAGGAACAGAGGGGUUGAGGGCCCUGCUCAAUGAGCUUACAUGCUAGAGGUAGUGGGGUAAAAUGACACAAAAAGGUAAGGAUAGUAUUAGACUAGUGACAGUUGCAGAAGAGGAAUUAUUUUCCUGUAAUAUCAAGCUUACAGCUUGUGUUGAAAUUAAAGUUGCUAAAAUUUCAUUUAUAUAUUUUGUGCUCGUAGAAUUUCUAGCAAUUUUUUAUUUUGAGCGUUUUGAUUUUAUUACAGCCAAUUAAUACUAGUGGAGAUAGUAAAUUAGAAUUUUCCAUUGCAUGUCAUAGCAUCUAUAGACUUUUGGCCUUAUAAUAACUAUAAUAGGAUGAAGACGUAGUUUGCAGAUUGCAGGUGUGGGGUCUGACACAGGAUUUCCUGUGACAAACCGGCAGUGUGUGUUUAUGAUUUCAGAUACCCCUCUGUGUGGUGAAUUGCCAAUUGAAACUAUUGAAAAACCUCCCAAAGUGGUAAAUUCUGUGGUUGAGAGUUCUCAUUUUGUAUUUUAAUUUUGCCAGUUACCUAAUUCUCCAACAGAUUUUGGAGUUCCACAUAAUUGCCACCAGAGCUACCCAUCUCCGUCCUCCAAGCCAUUGACCUUUAUUUAAAUUAAAGGAUUUGUCUAAGCACUUAAACCACUUUCAAUUAUAGAAGUGAUUUUCUGUGCAUUGAUCACAUGCGUCCAGUCUCACUAGUCUACUUGUUUAGGUGUUAAAUCACUUUUUUCUGCAGCCCUACCCGUGGCUCUCGCAGCCUUUUACACACUCCCUGAAAUGAAGUGUUAAUUCAGAACCUGAUGAGUUUACUGAAGACCUCUGUAUGUCUUGCUUUAGUAUAAAGCAGCCUCAUGUGAGGUAUGACAGCCUUGAUUCAGUAUUUUUGGAUGAGCUUUUCAAAUGAUUUAAUAUUUUUUGAUAUGUUUAUAUAGUGUAUGGUGUGUUUUUUUGUUUUUUUUUUAAUAUUGAAAUAUUUUGAAAAACAUUUGAAAAACUUUUUUCAAAAAUAUUAAGUCACGUUAAAUACUUUAACAAAAAUAUUAAAUGGAAUCCAAAGAUAGAGAGGAGAAAUCAAAACAUUAAAAUCUUCAUUCUUGGUGAAGCACAUUUUUGAACCUAUUCCACCACAAUGUGUUUUAUUUGUAUAAAGUGUAACAGAUCCAGUAUUUGAUAAUGAGAUAAAGAUAUUUAUCUCAGAAUCUUCACUUGCCCGCUUCCCAUUGGCAAGUUAAGAAAAAAUUCAACCCUUACGGUACAAAAUCACCUGUGGAGAGUGUGCCAUGGACCUCCCAGGCAUGUCGUGGUGUGGAUUUUGUAUUUGAUUUAAUUGGACACUUCCCAGCAGGACAAAAAGGGUUUGAUUCAACUUUGCUGCAGAACUAAACAGAAGAGGUAGCAUAUUAGUGAUGUAAGAAAAGCUAUAAGAAAAGUGGUUUUUUUUUUAAAAAAAUAUUUGUAUGUGCGUUUAAGAACCUAUUUUAGUCCAUGCUCAAGCUGGAGGGAGUUUUGUCAUUUCCCCCAGCAGUCAUUAGUAACGGUACUGACUUUAGCAUUUUAUUGCAUGGAAGCAUAUUGAUCUGUGUGCUUGAGGACUGCAAUGCGGCAGACGUAUUUUGUACCAGAUUUAUGUUAUAUAUCUGACUCUCCAAGCAGACUGCAUAUAGAAAAGCUGCAGCUAAUUAAUUUAUUCAAUUUUAAAUUAUCUUAAAGAAACACCAGCCUGGAAAUGAACCAACCCCAUUUAUGGGUCAUAAGUUAAAACUGAAAAAUUAAAGAAUUGGUCUUUUUUUGAGGAUUAAAAAAGUUCGGCAGGUAAAACCUACAUAGGUUCCCAGGUAUUAACCUUGCUCCUGCAAAUACCUCCACGAUGAGGAAAUGUGAGUGCCACUCGCCAGCAUGCUCAGUACUACUCCAGUACAUUUAUAUGGGAGCACUAAUUGAUACAAUUACAAUCUGUCAAUUCAAACUUUGCAGAUUUUGUUUUGUUAAUUUAAAUCCAUUUCUAGGCUGCAGUGUCUCUUAGUGUCCUGAAACUCUAUAAUUUGUCUAAACAUUCACAGGGUUUUCACUAAAGUGAGAAUUCCAGGUGAAUUCAAAGAGGGUUUGAAAAUGUAAGUUCAAAUUAGCCGAACUGGAUAAAUUCCACUAUGCUUUCAGUUUGGUGUUAAAUUUGAAAUUCACUUUGAAAUCUCAUGUUAGUGAAUAACUCUGUUAAUGUUUUAAUGCAGUAAUUAACCCUUUUAAUUUUAUUUUUUUCUCUCUCUAAAGCAUGCGUUGUCCUAUAUUCAUUAUAUAGCAGAGAACACACUGUUGGUGGAUUUUAGGCCAAAAACUCUGAAUUGGUAAAAUUCUCCAAAUUGGUUAUGUUUUCAGUUUGGCUAUUCUGGCUCAAGACUUUAAACAAUGUUUGUAAUUCCCAGAAAUUAACACUUUAAUGAACAACUGUUUUGGCAUAUAGUCAGGGCUAUGCACGAAAGUGAGAAUUUUUGGUAAUUCAAUUUCAACAGCAUAGUUGCCUUUUAGAGUUUUUCCAGUUUGGCUAUUUUGGACCGAAAUUUGAAGUCAUUUUAGUGAAAACCCUGAUAGUCGUGUUCUCUACUUGUUGAAUCUAGGACUGUUUUGUAAAUGGUGCACGGUACUCUAGUGACAUCUACUGUUGUAUAUUGUAAGUGCAAUGUUCAUAUUGGGAAUAUAAAACUGCUCUUUCUUGCAAACAUGGAUUUAGUUAUUUAAAUGUGUCUCUAUUUUAGUCUGCCCAGCCGGUUGGAAACCUGGGAACGACACAAUCAAGCCAGACAUCAAAGAAAGCAAAGAAUAUUUCUCCAAGCAAAAAUAAAAGCCGAAAAUGUUUGCAGUCUUAACUAGUUCUCACCUCGCCUGUCUAUCUAGUGUUUAGGGGGAAGAAAAGGGUAUUGGUGAUCCAUUUUCCCAAAACCAAGUGUUAGUUGUGCAAGUAUUGCUGCUUAAAGAUGGUCCCUUCUAACUGUGUGCUAGGGGUUGACGCACCCUGAUGACCUUCAGUAAGAUAGAAGUGAUACUGAUUAUUAUUUUUAUUUUAUUUUAGUUGUUACUAAAUUUUGGGCAUUGCUGCACAAGGGCACCCUUUUUUGUGUAGGAACAUUCCUCAUGACCUUUCCUACUUUUUCGAGUUUUGUAAAAAUUAAAGUUCUAAGUGGUAUAGAACAUAUUGUUAGUGUUGUUUUUUAUAUGCUAAUACACCAAGUAAGAGAGUGGAAGAUGCAUGGCUAUACAGUACACAAUACUAUGCAAUAACAAUAUCUAUC